GUGGACCCAAAAAUAAAUAAAAGAAAACCGUGAUCGGACCAAGCACGGAACAUUUUUACCAGCUUUAUUAAAACUGUAGCGGACCAAGUACGGACCGUUUUUACAUACCAAUAGAGCUGGUAAAAAUGGUCCCGUGGUCCGCGACGGUUAGUGGUGCUGUUAAUAUUUCUAACACAUCAAACUAUACUCUUAGUGAUUAUAUAUUAACAAGACGUAUGUAUAAAUUGAUCUUCUUCUUUGUUAGGGUUGAUGAAACAGACAUGAUUGAAAACAUCGCCGCUUAUAUUUCCAGCCGUUUCCAGAAUAGCGCAGUCAUCGAGGAUAUCAAAGGAAGCUAUCCAAAACCUCGUUUUGAUGAGGAUCUUCAAAUCUUCUGCAAGUAUGCUUUUAACCAAAAGACCCCUGAAGAUGGUUUCGAUGAACUAGCUCGUGAAAUUACAUACCAUGUCGGUGAACUUCCGUUAGGACUAAAGGUUAUUGGAUCCCACUUUCGUGGAUUGUCCAAGGAGCAGUGGCCAAUGGAAGUAUCAAGGUUAAGGACGUACCGUAAUGGAGAUAUUGAGCGCAUUUUGAAGUUCAGUUAUGAUGCUUUAUGUGAUGAAGAUAAAGAUUUAUUCCUUCAUAUAGCUUGCUUUUUCAACAUGGAAAAAAUAACGAAAGUGAAAGAACUUUUUGGCCACAGAUUCAAGGAUUUGAGACAAAGCCUUCACAUUUUAGAGAUGAAAUCUCUUAUAUCUAUUGAACAUACUGAUCUUGAAGAUUCCGAGUAUUAUGAGUCCAUAAACAUGCGUAACUUGCUGGUCCAACUAGGUCAAGAAAUCGUCCGUAAAGAAUCCGUUCUUGAGCCUGGUCAACGCCGAUUUUUGAUUGAUUAUAAAGAUAUUUGUGCAGUAGUCUCUGGUCAUACAACAAUUACUGGAAGUGUUGUAGGCAUAGACUCCAAGAAUUGGUUAAGUAUAACUGAGAAAUCCUUUAAAGGAAUGUCUAAUCUCCAGUUCUUAAGAGUCAAAAACGAUUUAUAUCAUCCAAACAUUAUAUCUUCUCCGGGACCUCUGACUUUUAUAUCCCCGAAGCUACGAUUACUAGAUUGGUCGUGUUUCCCGAUGACAUCUUUGCGUUUUAUUAAUAAUCUGGAAUUCCUUGUCGAAUUAAGGAUGUGUUACAGCAAACUUGAGAAGCUGUGGGACGGAAUUCAACUGGUUAGAAAUCUCAAGCAUAUGGAUUUGACAGAUUCUAGAAACCUGAAGGAGCUUCCUAAUCUCUCAAUGGCUACUAAUCUUAAGAAUUUAAACCUUGAAAGAUGUUCAAGUCUGGUGGAGCUUCCUUCCUCUAUUGGAAAUGCAACUAGUCUCCAUGACUUAAGACUUUUUAAAUGUUCUAGUCUGGUGGAGCUCCCUUUUUCAAUUGGGAAUUUAACUAAUCUUUGGAAAUUAGAUCUUCGUGAAUGUUCAAGUCUUGUAUCACUCCCGCAGCUUCCAGAUUCCAUAAUGGUCCUAAAUGCACGAAAUUGCGAGUCCCUAGAGAAACUAGAUUGCUCCUUUUACAAUCCAGGUAUUCUUCUCAACUUCGUUAACUGCUUCAACCUAAAUCAAGAAGCAAGAGAUCUCCUCAUCGAGACAUCAACUGUUAAUUUUGUGGUCUUACCUGGUAAAGAAGUGCCUGCGUGCUUCACUUACAGAAGUCAUGGGAGUUCCGUAUCAGUGAAGGUUAAUCAAAAGCUUCUUCAUACGUCAACCAAAUUUAAGGCUUGCAUCUUGUUUGAGAACGAGGUCGAUAAUGAAACUUAUUAUUUUGAUUUGGACACACUUUGUGUGUAUACGAAGACGAAUAAGGAUUGCAUCUUGUUGGAUAAUAAAGGUGAAGAUGAUGAGGUUGGUAUUCAGAAACGAGGGUUGGUGUCUUGUCGCAUCGGUUCCGAAUGGCGUUUCUCUGAAUGGUAUCCAUUUAUAACGGAUCAUCUAUACAUUUUCGAAGUUGAAGCAAAGGAGGUGACUUCCACAGAGCUUAUUUUUUAUUUCGAGAUAUUCGAUGAGUAUUCCAAGGCUAGGGAGAUAAAAGAAUGCGGGAUAAUCCACCUCUUGGAACAUCAUGUUGACGACGAAGAAAAGAUGGAUACAAUUGAGAAGGAACCCAAGGUUCACAUAUAGCAAUAUGCAUUUGUCAAGUGCGUUGAUUCUUUUAAAAAUGGCUUGAGCCACAUGUUUGCACAUAUCACUAUGAGUCUAUGUUUGAAUGUUUAGAAAAUAUUCUACAACCAUUAAACUUCUUCUCUAACAUUUAUAUAUUUCCAUUUUCUUACAUGUUUUUUUAGAGGAUAAGGACAAAGAGAUUCAUGGUUAUGCAUAGUUAUAUGUGAGGCUAACAUGACUCUUUCUGAGUAUAUAAGCUAUAUGUGAAUCAUGGGUUCCUUCUAU